GCGAACGGAACGGUAAGGAUUUAUGCGCAGGGUAAAUCUUACUUUCCUCCAAAUUGCGCUGGUUUUCUAUCCAAGCUUCCUCUAUCUAGAUUGCAAUGGCUUCCCACACUCCACACGAAACCGACCGGUUACUAGGAAACGAUGCCGAUUCUAAUACUCCACUCCAGAAAUACCGUCGCCACAGACUUAUCAACCACCUUACCUCGGACAUAAAUCCUCACCAUGGGGACCUUAUUCUUCUGUUUUGUUACGUGAUCACUGGGCUACUUGACAGCUCUGCCGUCUUUGUCUGGGGCUCUUUCGUGAGCAUGCAGACCGGCAACACUGUCUACCUAGGGCUCGGCCUCAUGGGGGCCGAUGAGAGCACUCGCUGGCUCAGAGCAUUGACUUCAAUCGCCAGUUUUUGUGUGGGCUCAUUCUGCUUUGCCUCUUUUCACCGACGAUUCUCUCCUCGCAGGCGCUGGGUGCUCUGUCUUUCAUUUACCAUCCAGAUGCUCUGCGUAGCCACAGCUGCUACGAUCGUGACCACCCACCAAACUUCUAGGGACUCCCCUUUAACCUGGAAGGUGAUUGUUCCAUUGAUGCUGGUCGCUUUUCAGAGUAGUGGUCAGGCAGUGACGAGUCGCGCCCUGCAGUUCAAUGGUCUCACUAGCGUGGUGUUGACAAGUGUGUAUUGCGACUUAUUCUCCAGCCCGGAGCUUCCCCCCUUGUCGAUGUUACAUGGAGUGGAAAACAGGCGACGUGGCGGGGCAGUGGUGUGUCUCCUGCUUGGGACGAUGCUGGGGGGUCUGUGGGCCAAGAGCCCGGUUGGACUAAUGGGGGCGUUUUGGACCGCAGUUUUGUGCAAGGCUUGUAUUGCUGUUGCCUGGUUGGUUUGGCGGGGGCAACCGACAGAGAACAUGGAGGAUGAUGGGCUGGACCAAUGAAAUUCAUGUUAUUAGUUAGCGAUAUCUAAUGCCAGGGGGCUGCCCUAUCAUAUCUCACGCCCCUGAGGAUAUUCCAACUCAGCCCUACUGUAGGGCUGACACGGGCCCCCCCUUGGGUCCACUUCUCCUGCGCAAAUUAUUAUGAAAGCUCUAGCGUUGCCUUGGCUUAUAAUCUUGGCGUAGGGAGAAAAUAGAAGCAGAAUGAAACUAUUUGACCACCGUCAAAAUGAAACAGAUCGGUUUUCUUCGAAC